UUACGAACUGGGGAAGUAGCUGCAGCGGACAGCGAGAGUCAGGGAAAAAGCCAAGAAAGUGGGGGCGAUCCAGAGGGGCUUCGGAGAAGUUGUAGUCAUCAUGACCACCCUCCAGGCCACGAAGGAUCCUCUACCCCGGGGUGUAUCUCCCACUCCUAGCAAGAUCCCUAUACUCUCCCAGAGGAGCCUGCCUCUCUCCACGAGCAAACCAUGUGCCCUGGACCAGGAGAACCAAGAUCCAAGGAGAUUGGUGCAGAAGCCACCGUUCAGUAUUCAUCGACCCCUCGUUGGCACAGCAGGCCCCAGGCCUAAAACCACACACCAAUCAGAGAGAUCGGUGGAGAGCCCUCAGCUUCGGAAGCCCCUGGAGGAGCUCACGCUUAGCCCUGGGGAACAAAAUGUGGGGCCUGGGCCCCCACCCCCUACAGAGGCUCCUGGGGCCAUAGAGUUUGUGGCUGACCCUGCAGCCCUGGCCACCAUCCUGUCAGGUGAAGGGGUGAAGAGCUGUCACCUAGGGCGCCAGCCCAGUCUGGCCCAGAGAGUGCUGGUUCGUGGGAGCCAGAGAAGUACCCUCCAGAGGGGCCAGGGUGCCCGGGCCUCUGCAUAUUUGGCCCCCAGAACUCCCAACCACCGACUGGGCCUUGCCAGGGCUUCCUGCUUCUCAAGGCUGGAGGGGCCAGGACCCCGUGGCCGGACCUUAUACCCGCAGAGGCUAGAGACUUUGAUUCCACCUUCAGAACGGUCCUUUCACUCUUCCACUCGCCCCAAUUUCCUGGAGUUAAGGAGAGUGACAGGUGGCAGCAAUCGGACAUCAGUGAGCCAGGCCUCAGGAUUGCCCGUGGAGACCCCAUCCCAGCCUGCUUCCUGCCUCCCUGAAGGAGAGCGUGAGGUUGUCACUCACUCAGAUAAAGGCAGAGGGGGCCCCCUCUGUCUGGCACAGCGGGUUCCAUUAAGAGAAACACACACCAAGGACAGCCGUGACUCCCAUCUGAUGCCCUCCCCUGCCCCUGUGGCCCAGCCCAUGCCUGGCCGCAUGGUGCCACCUACUGUCACCCGCCCUUCACCCUUUGGAUGGGCUCAGCGUGUACCUUCUCCCCACCUCUCAGCUCCGACCUCAUAUUCAGUGUUGCGGCAUCUUGCCAUUCACCCCAAAACCCAGUUCACACCCAUCCCCAGAGUUAAGCAGAGCCGAUGGGUGAGUGGUCUCUCCCCUCAGUCUUGCCCUGAACCCGAAGAGCCUGUCCUGCCCUGGGAGCAGAUUGCAGUACAGUUGUUUGACCAGGAGAGCUCUAUGAGGUUGCAGGAGGAGCCUGCGAAGCCACCUGUGGCUCCUAAUGAACUCCCCCCAAACAGAACCCCCAACCUGCAGGAGCUGAAGAUGCAGCGCAUCAGUAUCCUGCAGCAGCUGUUGCGACAGGAGGUAGAGGGGCUGGCAGGGGACAAGUAUGCUGCCCUUAAUGGAGACUUGUCUCUGGAUAUGGUUGAACUUCAUCCCCUGCUGGCUGAGAUUUCUAGAACUCUGAAUGCCCCAGAGCAUAAUUCUGGGACUUCCCGCCUUCCUAGAUUGUCACAGCACUCUGAUCUGCAGAAGCCCUGCCUUCCAGAGGAGUGUGGGGAACCACAGCCCUGCCCUCCAACAGAGCCAGGGACCUCCCCGCAACAACAGCCUGGAGUGCUAGAGCCCUGCUCUCCAGCAGAGCCAGAGGUCCCAGACUCCUGCUAUAGGAGGGAGUCUGAGAUACCAGAGCCCUCCCUACAACAACAGUCUGGAGUACCAGAGCCCUGCCCUCCAGCAGAGCAUGGACCCCAUCAGCACAGCCCCCAGGGGAAGACUGGAUUCCCCCAGCCCCACCCUAGGGUAGAGCCUGGGGCACCAGAGGCCUGCCCCAGGGAACCUGGAAGUCCAGAGUCUAUCCAACAGCCCCACAACAACAAUCAAUGUGCUCCAGUGCCCACCAGCCUGAUCUUCACUUCCCAACACCCACUUUUUACCAGCCCUCCUAUUCACUCACUCCAGUCUCUGAGGCCCCUACCAGGCCAAUCAGGUAAGGAGAGUCUAGCCCCUCGAACCCUGGCCCUGAGGCAGCGCCUCAAAGCAUGUCUGACUGCCAUCCACUGCUUCCAUGAGGCCCGCCUGGAUGAUGAAUGUGCCUUCUACACCAGCCGAGCCCCACCCCCAGGCCCCACCCGGGUCUGCACCAACCCUGUGGCUACAUUACUGGAAUGGCAGGACGCCCUGUGUUUUAUUCCAGUUGGUUCUGCUGCCUCUCAGGGCUCUCCAUCAUGA